AGUGUGCGUAAUAUUCUCAAGUUUUUUUUUCUUAAAAAGCAAAUCUAACUCUUACUAAUAUUUUUCCAGUUAACUAGGUGUUUCACAAUCUACAUAAGUCAUAAAUCGUAAAGUCUUACAGAGAGUUCUUCUUAAUUUCUUGUUACAACUUUAAGAUCUUUCCAAGUUGACGCAAGAAGCCCCGUAAUAAAAUAUUUAGAAAAAAAUAUUCAAAUUCACUUUUGUAGCUUUUGUUUGGAGUCAAAGCAUUUAGGAGUAUAAUGUAUUCAAAUAAUCACACUCGGCAUCCACCGCCGCAUCAAAUGUAUGCACCACCAGUGAUCCAGCAACGUGAUCCUUAUAAAAGUUCAUCUAUUGGUUCAGGUCCCCAGUUUUACACAAAACCACCAACAACAGUUCCGGCUAAUCAAACAAUAGAAUUUGAUGACGGACCAAAAAUUUGUGUUUUCAUUGGAAAUAUCAGCGAAAAAGUUCCGGAUGGAAUGAUUAAAAAAAUAAUCGCUUCUUGUGGUCCUGUUGCCAAUUGGAAGAGAGUAUCAACAUUUGGAUUUUGUGAAUACGAUGGUCCAAAGUCAGGAGCGAGAGCUGUUCGCUUACUGCAUGGCUUUGAAGUUGAUGGUAAGAAGCUCGUAGCGAAAGUAGAUGCAAAGAAUCAGCAACUUCUUGAUACAGCAAAAGAUGAAGAAAAUAAAAAAUCAGAUGCGAACAACACUCGAACGUCAGACGCUGCCAAUGAGAAAAAGAAUGACGAACUAACAGUAGAUCGUCUUGGGCAGAUUCUUGAAGAAUAUAAAGAAGAAUUGAAAGUUGCUAAUUCAGCUGAAAGUCAAUCCGCACAUCCUCGAAGUAAACAAAUUCAACCAUCAAUUGAGAUUGAAGAGGGAAAACGUGAUCUUAUAAACAAAGAAAUUGGACGUUUUCGAAAGAAUGCUGAAGAGGAAGAAGCCAAAAAAGAGAAAGAUAAAAAGAAGCGUGAAAUAAUUGAGAAAGAACGGUCUGAACGAAGUGAACGAGCACAAGAAAGAGCUGAAAAGAAAGAUCGUCACACUCCAUCACCAGAACCUGAAAGAAAAUCAUCCAGACGACGAUCCCGAUCAAGAUCACGUAAUCGUGAGCGAGAGCGUGAACGUGAGCGUGAAAGAGAACGUCGUGAAGCUGAUCGGCGUCAACGUGAAAUGGAAUUAAGGGAGAAGGAAUUGAGGGAGCGCGAAAGAUUUCGUGAAGAACCAAAAGUGAUGAAGAAUCCCAAAGAGAUUCAACGUGAAAAGGAGAUUGAAGAAGAGAUUUACGAGCAAAGAAGAGCCCAGAAAAAAGCUCGUGAGAAGCAUGAAGAUUAUUUAGCUCGACUUGAUAUUUGGGAGAAUCGUGAACGAAAGAAAGCUAAAGAGUAUGAACGAUUGGAUGAAAAAGAACGCAAACGCGAAGAGAAACGUGAAAGAGAAGCUAAAAUCAUGAAAGAAUUUUUGGAAGAUUACGACGAUGAACGAGACGACCCAAAAUACUAUAAAGGAAAAGCUUACAGAACACGAAUGAACGAUCGGUUAGCUGAAGCUGAUUCAGAUUUGAAGGACAAAGAAGCUGAACGUGAAGAGUUAGAAAAGCUUAAAUCGGAAAUAUUCAGUGGCAAGUAUGACAAUCCAACACAAGAAUUUGAACGUCAAAAACAGGAAAUGGAGCGACGUUACAAGCCCAAGAUUCUAAUUGAUUUGAGCUUAGAGGAGAAUCAACAGCGUGAACAAGAGUCACAACGCGAAAAGGCUCGUGAGAAUGAAAGAGAGAAGGCGAGGGAACGUCGGCGAUCAAUAAAAGAUCGAACUGUUGUUGAUAUGACAGUUGGAAGCAACAUCGAAGGUGAACCAAUUGAUUCCGAUUCAAGCGAUAAUCACUUCGCAUCACCGCCUGUCAAUGAUCAUCAUUCCAAUUCGCGCGAUGGAAUGGAUGCCGAGGAAAUAUCGAGAAACUCUUUAUUAUCAAAUUCAAAUACGCCAACAACACCAAACAGUCCAAGCGCAAAUCAAAACUCAUCAUCAGCACCUGCCAUUGGAAUGGGAUUCAGUUUAAGCUUAAAUAAGAAACGAAAAAUUGAUCCUAAAAGUGCGUUCAACAUGGAUGACGAGGGUGAAGACCUCAAUGGACCUGCUAAGAAGAAACUCGUUCCUUUGGAUUAUGAAGAAAAUGCUGCCAAACAAAAGCAGAAACGUGACAGCGAUUUACAAAAGAAGUCUGAAGCUGAUCUCGCACGUUCACAAGAAGAAAAGCGAAAAUUGCACAAACAAAUCAUCGAUAAAAUUCCUAUUGAGAAAGAAGAUCUGUUUAACCAUCCUUUAGAUCGGCAAGAGAUUGACGGCACCAUCAAGAAGAAAGUUCAGUCAUGGAUUAAUAAGAAGAUUAUUGAAUAUAUUGGUGAGCCUGAACCAACUUUGGUUGAUUUUAUUUGUUCAAAAUUACUUGCUGGUAGCACACCUCAAUCAAUUCUUGAUGACGUUAAAAUGAUUCUCGAUGAAGAAGCUGACAUUUUUGUUGUUAAAAUGUGGCGCUUGCUUAUCUUUGAAGUGGAAGCAAAAAAGCUUGGCAUCAAAUAAAGCGAUGAAUGCUAAUGAGCAUAAAGAGCAAUGUAAGCAAAUCUAUCAACAUUAACACAUGAGUAAAGAUAAAAAAGUAGAAAAACAAAAAAUAUUUCUCUUCGUAUGUUAAGGAAGCACUUUGCUUGCGGAUCAUUCAUUAUAAGGAAGGCCAAUUUGUCAUUAUCAGGAUUUAUCAGAAUUUUCUGGGUAAAUAUUAAAUUAUAAAAACAUUUUGAAAAAUUAAUUAAUCUAAUCGAAGACAAGAGAGGAAAAAAUGAUAAAUGAGAUAAUUGAAAAAAAAAACAAACUUUUUCAAGAGAAAAUUUUAGUUUAAGGUUGAUUAAUGAUAAUUUUCCUCCUUUCCUCACUUCCCCAAUUUAUUCUUAAUCAAAUUUAUUGAAGAUGAAAAUGAAAGAAAAUAAAGAGAAAUAAUUUUGAUGGAAAUGUUUGAAACUUAUGACUGACUGCGUUGGAGGCACAUGAAACAUUUAAAAGAUGCUCGCCCACAUGAGCAGCAAAUGAAGCAAUUGAUCCGGCUGAAAGGUUUGAUGGCGUUGGUGAGACAGCUGUCGUGGAAUAUUGUGCCUGAGGCAACUCAUUUGCCGGUGUUACAUAAUUCAUUUUCAAAUCAAUAUUUGCAAGUGGUGGAAUUGCCGGUGGUUUCUGAAAAACAACUUGUGGCUGUUGAAGUUGUUGUUGCUGUUGUCCCGGCUGUGGUUGGACGUGAGCCUGUGCUUCCAAUUGAUUUUGUUGGUGAGGAGUAUGGUCGAUUUAGUGAACGUGAUGGCGAAGAAUUCUGA